AUGAACCCGAAUUAUCCUCCCGGUCUUGUAGGAUAUGGAUGGGGUACUGGCCAGAAUUUUACUGCUGCUACACAGCGGGAUCAACCUCAGAUUGGAUUUUGUUUCGACUCGCCAAAUCCUCAAAUUCCUGAGGUUCGUACACCUGUUCAAAGUCCUGGAAUUUUCGGUUUCAAUAUAGAUCAAACACCACCGAAUCCAUCUUCAGCAUACUCGUUUUCUGCUGACAGCUCACAAUUCCCUCUAUCCAAAGGAAAAUUCUUUGAUAAUAUCCCACCAGUAAGGCCAAGUGCACCUCCGAACAUUCCACCCAUGUCACCGAAGUCGAACAACGGAGAUAGUGGAUAUGGACUUAUCACACCAACUGCUCCUCCUGAAAACACAUCAAUAUCUGUUACAUCUAAUUCCAAAAGUGAAUCAGUAAAUGUUAUUACAGUUACCAAACCGGAUCCUCAUAAGUCCAACACAACAUCUAAUACUAUUUAUAAUAGUAGUCUCAAUAAUCGACGCGACAGUUAUCAGGAUUCACUGAAAGAUAUGGCUGCGCUAAUGACGGAUGUAGAACUGACUGAUGAUGUAAUCGAUGAUAUGCGUCAACGCUUCGACUUGAGAAAAUAA